UCGCAUUUAUUAUUAAUAAUUAUUCUUGUUAUCACAUUCUUUAUUAGUUUUGUCCUAAGAUUAUAAUCUGCUAGUACAACAAAAAGAAGAAAAUACCAAACGAUUUUGUCAUUUAAAUUUAAACUAUAGCAUCACCAUCGUCAACCUCGCAUUAUUUCUAGCUUCAGAGCAAAUUCAACACAUAAAGACACAUUAUUUCACUUUCUCUCUAUUUGACUCUUCAGUCAGAGAGAGAGACAGAGAAUGAAGCUCUCAACAUUGCUGCAGAACCGCCGGAGCAACAGCAUCAAAGUACCGCCGCCAUUGGAGUCCUCCGGCGAAGUAACCGGAAAAUCUCCAGUAGGCUCUUUCUGUCUCUUCCUUCAUGCCGCGUUCUGCCUCAUCAGCCUCGCCCUAGGAUUUCGCUUCUCCCGUAUCUUCUUCCUGUUCCUCUUCUCCACUUCCUCCACUUCCUCCACCAAUUUCUAUGUUGCUCCGUUCCGCGCCGGCGACGGAGAAGCAUCCUCCCCUCUCCGCAUCCAGUCAUCAGUCACCGCGAAUCCGAUCGGGAAAGUUGAGAGUCCGGUUAACAUUUCAGCUCCGGAUGGCGGCUCCACCGGUAGCCGUGUGGUCGUCGGUCGCCACGGGACCCGAAUCCGGUCGUGGCCGCAUCCGAAUCCCGACGAGGUAAUGAAGGCUCACCGGAUAAUUGAGAGAGUUCAGAUGGAGCAGAAAGUUCUAUUCGGAGUAAAGAACCCUAAGACUGUUAUUGCCGUGACGCCGACCUACGUGCGGACGUUCCAGAAGCUUCACUUAAUCGGCGUGAUGCACUCACUGAUGCUUGUACCGUACGAUCUUGUGUGGAUCGUGGUGGAGGCCGGAGGUGUCACCAAUGAGACGGCUUCAAUAGUUGCUAAUUCAGGGCUCAGAAUCAUUCACACUGGCUUCAAUCAAAGAAUGCCGAUUUCCUGGAACGACAGGCAUAAAUUGGAAGCUCGAAUGCGACUUCAUGCUUUAAGAAUUGUGAGAAAAGAGGAGCUGGAUGGAGUUGUGAUGUUUGCAGAUGAUAGCAAUAUGCAUAGUAUGGAGUUAUUUGAUGAAAUUCAGAGUGUGAAAUGGAUAGGGGCAUUUUCGGUUGGAAUACUUGUUCAAUCUGAUAAGGAUGAAUCUUCAACCUUAUUGGAAGAGGAGAAGGCCCCACCAAUGCCGGUUCAAGGUCCUGCUUGUAAUUCGACGAAUCAUUUGGUUGGGUUGCAUACUUAUGAUUCGUUGAAAUAUGCAAGGAGGAGUGCCGUUUAUAUAGGUGACAGGGCACCUGUGCUACCUAGAAAGCUUGAAUGGUCUGGGUUUGUAUUGAAUUCCAGGUUGGUUUGGAAGGAUCUUGAUGAUAAACCAGAUUGGAUUAAGGAUAUUGAUGCGUUAGAUGGAGUUGAUAAGGACAUUGACAGUCCACUGUCUCUGCUGAAAGACUCCUCCAUGUUAGAACCACUCGGGAGUUGUGGACACCAUGUUUUGCUUUGGUGGCUGCGGGUUGAAGCUCGCACAGACAGCAAAUUCCCACCCCAAUGGAUAAUUGCCCCUCCUCUGGACAUCACUAUCCCCUCAAAACAUACUCCAUGGCCAGAUGCAUCUCCUGAGAUCCCAAUUAAUGAAAAAGUGCUAACUCGCACACAAGAACAGACAACCAAACAUUCUACAAAGACUAGAACGUCCAGAUCUAGGCGUAGCCGAAGUAAGAGAAAGCAUGACAGCAAAGUGAUAGGUGUGCGAGCCUCUACACAUUCUGAGUAAAACUGAGAUGUCAACAAAUGCAAAUUUAGGAAUAUAUACUGCAAUUAUGGAUACAAGACUGCCUGUGCCGGCCCUCGUUGACUCACAAAUGAAGAGGCUGAUGUUCUUACAUUCUAGUACACUGGAUUUUACCUUACACGGGCCAGCAAAUGUGUAUUCUAAUCUGAUUUACCAAAAAAAUUCAUACUGAUUGUUUUGCUCAUUUUUGUUGAGGUUGAUAUAUAUAUUCUGUUCACACGGAGCAAUGCCAUAUUUGUUUGCAGCAAAUGCCAUAUUUGUUCAUUGGUUGUAAUUGUAAUACAAGUUCUUCUCAAAAGAAGUAUAUAGUGUCUUUUUUUUUUC